CGUUUUACAAAGAGGAAGUUACGGGGCGUUCAGUUCGGCUGUUCCUGGCUAACUUGCUAAAAAGUAAACAAGUCUGUUUGAUGACAUGAGAAAAACAACUUCGAACUUUGCAGGUUUUCAGCGAUGAAGGAAGACAAAGAAAACACUCGACCGAAAGAGAAAAGAGUGGAGAUAAAAUGUGAAGACGGGGAGAAGACGGAGAGGCCUAAGGAAAAGGAGGCCUUGACAAAGAAGAUCGUAAUAAGACGAUUACCACCRAGUCUGAGUAAAGAGGAGUUAGAGGAGCAGCUGCAGCCUCUUCCAGAGGUGGACUACUUAGAGUUUUUCUCCAACGACACCAGCCUCUACCCCCAUCUCUUUGCAAGGGCCUACAUCAGUUUUAAAAAUCAGGACGACAUAGUUCUUUUCAGAGAUCGAUUCGAUGGAUAUGUGUUUAUAGACCACAGAGGACAGGAGUACCCUGCCAUCGUGGAGUUUGCACCUUUUCAGAAAAUCGCCAAAAAAAGAAGCAAGAAAGACUCAAAAUGUGGAACAAUUACAGAAGAUCCUGAUUAUAAGAAGUUUCUUGACUAUUACAACGGUGAUGAAGAGAAGUUGACGUCCACAACCGAAACUCUGUUAGARGAGCUUGAGGCAAGGUCAAAGGAACUUGAAGCUAAGAAGACAACUCCUCUGCUGGACUUCCUCAAAAAUAAACAGAGAAUUAGGGARGAAAGGAAAGAAGAGAGGAGGAGGAGGGAGCUUGAGCGCAAGCGUCUGCGUGACGAAGAGCGUCGCAAGUGGAGAGAGGAGGAGAGGARGAAACGAAAAGAGGCAGACAAGAUGAAAAGACUGGAGAAGCCCACAGAGAAAGACAAGGACCACGUUAAGGAAGAACCAAAAAUUAAGCUCCUAAAGAAGCCAGACAGAUCUGAUAAUGCAGAGUCUGAAAAGCCCAAGGAGAAGGCCAAGAAACCAGAGAAGCCACUAAAAGAGGACAGAUCGUUGGGAGGCAGCGAUCAAAAAAGGAGACAGAACUUUGAAAACAAGGAGGACCGAGAGAAGAAGUGGGAGGAAAAAGGCCGGAAGGAGUUCAGGGAACGAGACGCAGAUCGAGACCGAGAGAGGGACAAGGACCGGCGGCAGAGAGACAGGGAGCGUGCCAGACGCCAGGACGAGGAAAGGCGGAGGAGGAGGGAACAGCAGGAUGGAGAGAACACCUUCAAGAAGCGAGAAGAGGAGGUUAAAAAGGAAAAAGCCUCGGAGAAGAGGAGGAGUGAAAACGUGCCCAGCUCCCACUCGGAGAAGACGGAGAAACCUGCCAAAGAUAAUAAAAAGGAGGAGAGUAGCAAAAGAGAGCGCCUACGGAAUAAGGACCGACCUGCCAUUCAGCUGUACCAGCCGGGGGCCAGGAACCGCAACCGUUCUUCGACAGGAGGAGAAUCCAACUCUGUCGACAGGAAACCAGAUGCUGAGAGCAAGAAAGUGUCUGAAAAAGGAGAAGACUGAGCCAAUUUCUACGGUUGCCAUUUUUUAAAUUUGAUGUGGCGACAGACCUGUGAGGUGUAGAGCAACAUUUGCGGGAUCUCACAGCCACGUGCACGGCUGGCGAGUCACUCUGCACCCAGCUGUCCCAGUCUCAAGAGGUAGAGGUUUGAUAGUUGAGCUUACCGCCUGAAUGUGACCCUCUGUAAUUGUAGUUUGGCUGUAGGGCGCAGUAGAUAAAACCAAAGGGUUCUGAGGACCACAGAAAGUCAAAGUGACCUUACUUCAGUGUUGCUGCAAUGAUGGAAAACUAUCUCACACCAUGUGAACAUCGACAAGAAAGUCUGAAAAUAAAUGGUUACCGUCACUAAUUACACUUUCAUUUUAUUUUCAGCUUCAAAUGAAUUUAUGAAAAUAAGUGAGAAAUGUCUCAUAAUCUGUCACUCCAAGUAUAUGUAAACCAAUCACUGAAUGUUUUAAUCUGCUCACACCAUGUCUGCGAGUCUGAACUGCUUAUUCAUAUGCAACAAUAAAGGAGAAAUAGCCRUUUCUGACUAUAUACUGCCAGGUGACAUCUAAUCUUGCAUGUAAACAAGAGAAAUAAUCAGAGUGAUCAACAUGUGGCCUUUCCCCUUUUUCUAACAUUAAAUUCUGAAACGAAUACAGCAUGGACAUGUAUUAUUGCUGAUGGGACURACAAAUAGACAUGUUUUGAUGAAAAUAAAAGGCGUUCCCUAAAAGA